AAUUAUCAAAAAGUUAAAAUCGUUUCAGCGAAUCGAGUAGCUGAGUGUCGGUGUAUCGAGUAACUUCAGUGAAUAAACAAUAUUUAGUUUUGAGUUUGUGUUCGCGGGUCAUGACACAGGAAAAAGCAUAAUAUGUACUAAAAGCUCCGUUGUUCCUGCAGAUUGUAGUUUUUUUUUAUUACCCGCUUCGCCGAGGUCUGAAUCACAGCGGCGGCGACAGGCAAAAGCACAACGCUGUCCGGAGCUCAUCAUGGGCGGCUGAGCAUACAAGGAGCUGUACAUCACAUAUGGAAACUCAGCCGCAAUCUGUCCACAUUGUAGUCAAGUUCACCCUACGCACAUGAGGCUAGAAAUCCUCCCAAUGUAAGCACAAUUAAAGGAAACAUGUGAUAGCUGAUGAAGCACAGUAUUACAUUAAAUGACUGCCCCCAAGUGCUGGCAAGACGGGCUUACAACAGCUGCAGCUAAAAUUCACACAAAUAGAAACUAAUUUACCUCGCGAACUAGACUCAACAAUUGUGCGACAUGCAGCAGCAGAGCGUGACCGGCAGCGAGGAGCGCAUGACGAGCAGUCCACGCUCCGCACAAAAGUCGGGCAGCAGCACGCUCUUUGGGCUGCUAAGCAAGCGGCCGAGCAAGGUAGAGCCGCAUCCCGUCACUCCCGAAUCUCCAAAUGUGCAGCGACGACCAAUGUCUGUAUGCGGCCAAUACGAUGUCAGUUUCGCCAAAUGCUCUGCUGAACCAUUCAAUAAUCAUAAGAGUCAAACGUUGCCCGCCAACGCCAACAACUGCAACGCCACGCAGCUACUGGACAAAUCUCACAGCGGCCUAAUAAGCUUCCAUAGACGCGGUAAUCCCACGUCCAAGAGUAAAGGGCACACGAGCCGCUACAGCAGCGACGCCGGCUCGCAGAGUGAUGGCGGCGCGGAUGUGAUAAUGCGUCGCAAGUCGCCCAAGAAGCGUUCGCCUAAUCACAACAGAUUUAGCCAUCAAUUCAGCCUGUGCUGCAAGGCAGAGAAGAAGCCAAUGACGCCGCCAGUUACCGUGCGCUACAAUUCUAUACCCGACGCCGUUGUCAACGCCAGCAACGUGCUCCGGCGAGACAAUCUGUCGCUCAGCUGGAGCAUGAUGGACAACUCGGGCUCGAUGCACUCGCAUUCAAGCGAAGGAGCCGCCUCCUUUCAGCUGCCGUCUGCACAGCGCCCGCGUCCCUCGAGCGAGUGUGCCAGCGCACCCGAAUCUCCAGUGGCGGGCAAAACAUUUUUUGCCCAAUGCGGUACCAGUGCCACCAGCUCCACUCAUCAUUCACAGUACUCGCCGUCCAGUUCGUUCAACAAAAGCGACACAGUGCAUCGGGCGCCGAUACGUCCCAUCGCUGUGUCCGCGUGCCGGUCGCGGCUGCGCCUCAAGUUGUUUCCGCCUGGCCAGGAGCAGCCACCACUCAACUCGGAAGAGAGCGCGGAAACACUGAAGCGCGCCACAACGCCACAGCACAUGUCGUCGCCCAACAUUGCCACGCAGCCGGAUUCGCUUGACGCGGUCAUCCAGGAGGCGCCUGGUGUGCGGUUCAUGUCGCAUGAGAACAUGUCACUGAAUCGCCAAGGAUCUAGCUCUAAUUUGGCACGCCAGGCACUGAUGGCGGCGCAGGCACUGAAUCUCAUACCGGCGGACAAGGCACGCGAGCGCAGCUAUCUUGAUGGGCGAAUGGGCUCAUCCUCGCUGCUGGGGCCGAGCGAACUAAGUCGCGUACUGCCCCAAAAAGAGGUCACCAUUUUCGUGGGCACCUGGAACAUGAAUGGCCACGCUCCGCCCAAGCAAAUGAACGACUUUGUGCUACCUUCAAAUAUGGAGCAUGUGCCAGACCUGGUUGUUAUGGGAACCCAGGAGUCUAGCCCAGAUCGAUUUGAGUGGGAAGUGACGCUGCAAGAGACCCUGGGCCCCUCGCAUGUACUCUUUCACUCGACGACACUCGGUACACUUCAUCUGGCCGUCUACAUGCGGCGCGAUCUCAUUUGGUACUGUUCGGCGCCAGAGGACGCAUCGAUGUCGGUGCGCACAGGCUCUGCGUUUCGUACCAAGGGCGCGGUGGCCAUAUCCUUUUGCCUCUUUGGCACAUCCAUGCUUUUUGUAACUUCCCAUUUGACCGCACACCAGCAGAAGGUGAAAGAGCGCGUCUCGGAUGUCAAGCGCAUUAUAAAUGCACUGGAUCUGCCCAAGAAUCUGCCCAACGCGCGGCACAAGAACAAGGAUGUUACGCAGAAUUUCGACAAUGUGUUCUGGUGUGGUGAUCUUAACUUUCGGCUGGGCGAGCCACGUGAGAAACUACUCGAGUGGAUACAGAACACAAAAUUUCCGCUACCCUCGCAUUUGCCGCAUGGCUACAUGCACACGGAUCAGCUCUCAUCGGUGCUGGCCGAUGGCGCUGCUUUUCGUGGCUUCAUGGAGGCAAACAUUACGUUUCCUCCCACUUAUAAGUAUGAUCCUGGCAGUCAGAACUUUGAUACGUCUUCUAAGCAGCGCGCGCCGGCAUAUACGGAUCGCAUUCUCUACAAGUAUCGUCAGAUGCAAGGACUAGUCAUACGCCGGCAGAGCUCUGUGCCGGGUGUCUCCACGCCCACGCAGCCUUAUGUGCAGUGCCUGAUUUACGACUCUGUGCCGUCUAUCACUACGUCCGAUCACAAGCCAGUCUGGGCCUUGUUUCGCACACUCAUACGUGCUGGCACUGAUGCCAUACCACUGGCCGCUGGCUUGUUUAGUCGUGACAUCUACUUGGAGGGCAUGCGUCGUCGUCUAAAUAAUCAAUACACGGGCGCCUCCGCUGUUUGUGCCAUACAGUAAAAGCUAUGUGCAAUGGAUAUUCUCGAAUUGUAGUUAUUAUGGAACCAUAAACUACUUGCAGCCAUUUAGUUUAUUGCUAAUCAAAUAUAUAUAUAACUAUAUAUAUAUUUAUAUAAUUCUAUCAGUGAUAGUUGAAACUCUGAAAUGCUAGUCUUGUUAACUAUACCAAAGCAGCUUAAAAACUGUCCCAAUGCUUUACCACGGUUGUGUGUGGCCUUUAUAGCAUAUAGUUAGUCAUUUAACUCAGUAGUCGAAUAUUAAAUACUCUAAUUUAUACCAUGUUCGAAUAUUGUUAGUUCUUAGGCGCUGCCUUUCGCCUUAAGGCCUUAAUGUAAAACGUUCCUUACAA